AUGUCUGAGUCAGAUGAUGUCCUGCUGAGAAUCAUUGAGGGUCAUAAAACCACCCUGAAAAAUAAGUAUGAGUGCUUAUAUGAAGGUGUCGCACUGAAAGAAAACCAAACCCUCCUCAACAGCAUUUACACAGAGCUCUACAUCACAGAGGGAGAGAGUGAAGGAGUGAAUGAGAAACAUGAGGUUUUACAGAUUGAAACAGCAUCCAGGAAAUGGGUUUCUCAAGACAAACCAAUCAGCAGCAAUGACAUCUUCAAACCCUUGUCAACCAACAGAACUAAAGAGCAGAAAAACACCUUAUCUACUGAGGAACCUGAAAGGGACAGACAAAAGCCAGAAAUCAGAACUGUCCUCACCAAGGGCAUUGCUGGAAUUGGAAAAACAGUCUCUGUGCAGAAGUUUAUUCUGGACUGGGCAGAAGGAAGGACCAAUCAGGACAUUGAUUUCAUGUUGGUUCUUCCUUUUAGAGAACUGAACUUGGUUAAAGAUGAACAGUACAGUCUUCAUGGACUCCUGUUAGAUUUUCACCCAGAGCUGAAAGACUUGGAUCCAAAGAAAUAUAAUGACUGUAAAAUGCUGUUCAUCUUUGAUGGUUUAGAUGAGAGUCGACUUCAGUUGAAUAUUCCUGAGAGGCUGUGUGAUGUGACCAAAACAUCAUCAGUGAAUAUACUGAUAUCAGACCUCAUCCAAGGAAAUCUUCUUCCCUCUGCACUCAUCUGGAUAACCUCCAGACCAGCAGCAGCCAGUCAGAUCCCCUCUCAGUUCAUCAGUCGUGUGACAGAAGUCCAAGGAUUCAGUGAUUCACAGAAAGAGGAAUACUUCAGAAAAAGAGUCAGUGAUGAGAGUCAAGCCAACAGAAUCAUCUCACACAUCAAGACAUCAGUGAGUCUCCACAUCAUGUGUCACAUCCCAGUGUUCUGUUGGAUUUCAGCCACUGUGCUUCAGGAAAUGCUGCGUCAAGACAAUGUUAAAGAGAUCCCUAAAACUCUGACUGAGAUGUACACACACUUCCUGCUCAUUCAGACUAAAAUGAAGAAGCAGAAAUAUGAGGACAAAGUUGAGACAGACUCAAAGAAUCCUCUGGAAUCAAACAAAGAGAUCUUUCUGAAACUUUCUAAACUGGCUUGUAAUCAGUUGCUGAGGGGCAAUGUCAUGUUUUAUGAAGAGGAUCUGAGAGAAUGUGACAUUGAUGUGAGUGAGGCCACAGUGUACUCUGGGAUUUGUACUGAGAUCUUUAAGGAGGAAUCUGUGCUUCGUCAGAAGAAGGUCUACUGCUUUGUGCAUCUGAGUGUUCAAGAGUUCUUUGCUGCUCUUUAUGUGUUUUACUGCUAUGUAAAUGAGACCAUGGAGGCACUGGAGUAUUUUGUGCCAAGAGAGAUCAAUGCAUCAGACAACAUAUUCAUGAAGGCAUUGGACUCUUUUCUGUUCAGAGGGAAGACAGACAUUGUUCCCUUGGAUGAGUUGCUAAAGAAAGCUGUGGAUAAAUCUUUGGAGAGUAAGGAUGGGCAUCUCGAUCUGUUUGUCCGCUUCCUUCAUGGCAUCUCACUGGAGUCCAACCAGAAACUCCUACAAGGUCUGCUGACACACACACAGAACAACCCAGAGAGCAUCAAGAAAAUAAGCCGUUACAUCAAAGAGUUAGAUAAAGAUGGUGUCCCGCCUGAGAGAUGGAUCAAUCUACUGCACUGCUUGACUGAAAUGAAUGAUCGCUCUCUCCAUGAAGAAAUUCAAGCUUUUGUCAAGUCUGAAAAUUACAGAACUAAACUCUCACUUGCACACUGCACAGCACUGGCCUACAUGUUUCUGAUGUCAGAGGAGGUGCUGGAUGAAUUUGACCUGAAGAAAUACAACACAUCAGAUGAGGGUCGUAGGAGACUGCUCCCAGCUGUGAGGUGCUGCAGAAAAGCUCUGUGA